AUGGUUAAGGAGAAGCCCAAUUCAAUCCGUAUUUACGACGAUGAAGGAUUCCGACGCCGUGCCGCUUGUAUCUGUGUACGAUCGGACGCCGAAACAGAGGUGUUACUCGUGACGUCGUCUCGGCGCCCUGACAACUGGAUAGUCCCGGGUGGUGGCGUCGAACCAGAGGAAGAGCCAUCUGUGACCGCAAUGCGCGAAGUGCUGGAGGAAGCUGGUGUUAUCGGCAAACUGGGCCGCUGCCUUGGCGUUUUUGAGAACCGGGAGCACAAACACCGCACCGAGGUGUACGUGAUGACCGUCACCCAGGAGCUGGCCGAGUGGGAGGACUCGCGCCAGAUGGGCAGGAAGAGGCAGUGGUUCUCCAUCGAGGACGCCCUGGCGCAGCUCGCGCUCCACAAGCCCAUUCAACGCCACUACCUGCAACAGCUGAAGCGCUCCAAACAGAAACCCGACGACCCGGGCAGC